AUGUCUCCUGAUGAUCCCAUUGGAAGUCGGUUAGGUUUAUCUUCAAUUUUCGUAGCACCAUUGGAUGCUGUGGAAGCUCUCUUUCCAGAAACUACAAGUCAAACCAGUUCACAUAGCAGCUGUAGUGAUAAUAAUGAUUGGAAUAAAGUUGACGAUAGUUCGAACACCUUAGAGGUAUCACCUGGCAGAACGAAGCUAUAUAACUGUCAACUAGAUGAUCUCAACCCUCCAGAGAAUACUCCCUCAGCACCUCCAACAGGUUCAAAGCGUCGAAAGCAAAUCCUUCCUUCUCGUACUAAUAAUUCUACUGAUUCUCAUUGUGCUGUACAAAGUGAACACGACAAAUCCCGUAGUUGUCACCACAAAAGUAAACAUCGUCAUCAUAACAAGAGUUCUCCACAUGACAUGGUAGAGAAAUGUGGAUAUGGUGUUAGUUCUUCAUGCACAGUACCGAAUUCAAAUGAUGGUCAUGAGUUAUCAGGUAUCAUUUUAAAUUCACCGCCUGUUAAAAAAACGUCUAUCGAAGAAUUUCUAUCAGGGACAUCAACUGUCCCUGGAAUGCACCAGAUACACUGUCGACAUAAAAUACUUCACUUAUCCUGGCAUCCAAAGAAAUUCCUUACGGUAGCUGUAUCAGGCAAUCAGUUGUUUCUUGUUUCAGGUCAGCCAACAUUUAGUGAUACAUUACCUUCACAGAAGGAUUCGAGUCAUUGCUCUUCUUGUUUAUCUAAGUCAACUGACGAUGAGAACAACAUACCUAGUGAACAUUGUGAAGCAAGUUCCACACCUAUAAGAGAUAAGGUUACUUCUAUUUCAUCUCAAAGUUCAGAUGUGAAAGCUGCUAAACGUCGCCGCCGACGUCACCAUCAACUAGAUAGUUCAAAUCCGGUUAAUGCCUUCCCUAACGUAACAGAUAGGAUAGAAAAUCAUGUUUCAGAUAUUGAUGUUCUUCCAGAUGCCUCUGUGGUGUGUGGAAUGGAUUAUGUAACAAAUUACGAAGCGGACCAUGAAGAUAAUUAUGAUGAGCAACAUACCUCUGAAGCGCAACUAGAUUCAAUAAGCUCUGACCCGAACAAUGAAAAUGUCCCAUGUAUAAAUUCCUUGUUUCCAUCAUCGAGAGAAACAUUCUCAACUAAUGUGAACGACGCUUUACAAUGA